AUGUUGAACUCAAUCCUGGUCCUAUAACAUCAGACAAAGAGCUUAAUAAGGCAGCAGUCAUGAAGAUAUUUGGUUCUUCUGCUCACCAUUGCAUGACAAUUGGGGCUGGAUUGGGUGUGAAGACUGCUGAUCUCCAACAAAUACCAGGAGCAGCAACUAACAGUCUUAUGAUGGUAUUCGAGAGGUGGUUUGAUACUGAUAGAGAUGUCAAUUGGGAUACAUUAAUAAAACUUUGUUAUGACUUUCCUGAUCAACUGGGCAAAGCAAAAUCUAACCUCCUGAAAUAUAUAGGAUUGAUUCAAGAUACAUCAGUCAGUGAUGAUCCCUCACUAGCAUCUCAUUCAGCAAGUAGCUUAAGUACUAGUGCAGGUGAUACUCCUUGUGACAUGCCGGUAACUACUCCUUUUGAAAGUACAGCAAGUGAAGAGAAAGUUUACGAGUCUUUAGAUGAUUUACGUCUGAAAUUCUCAGAUUUAGUUACGCUUUUUGAGACAAAAUUUGAAGAAAAAUCAAAUCAUGACAAACAACUAGCCACUGAUGUAUCUAAGUGGCUUAUAGCACACAUGGACUGGGAGCAUGGCUCAGUAGAAAGCAAUAUUGAUGAUAUCUUAAGAAAGAUCCGACCUUAUUAUGACUUUAUUGAUUGUAAACUGUUACUGGACAUGAGCAAAAAGUUCCUACAAGAUGUAACAUUUGCUGAUGAUGGAGUAACUUAUAAACUUGUUGAUGAAUUACACAGCCAUACACUAAUGAGUAAGAGCCUGUGCACAUCAAACACAGUUUCUGAACUCAAAAAGUUCUUACAGGAACACUUUAAGCAUUAACAUACACCUUCAAACUUGCUGGGAUGAUAUAAGUAUUAAAGGAUUACGCAAACUUAUUGAAAAGUUUCUGCCUGAAAAUUACAAACAAUCAAUAACUGGAUUUGUGACAUAGCCAUAUUUCCUGGAUCUGUCAUCAUCAAAUUACAUAUUCUUGAUUCUACAGCUGAUAGUCUAAGAGAAUAUACUAAAGAAAAGUUACAGUUUAUGCGUCUCAUUGGUAUAUUUAGUUUAUACAUUAAUGAUCAUCCUGUCCUUCAAGAA